AUGUCCGAGACUGCAGGAAAAUCCAUCAAGUGCAAAGCCGCCGUCUGCUGGGGUGCCGGCGAGCCGCUCAAAAUUGAACAGGUCGAGGUUGCUCCUCCGGGUCCUCAUGAAGUUCGCAUCCACAUCUUGCACACCGGUAUCUGCCACACCGAUGAGUACACUCGCAGUGGCAAGGACCCCGAGGGUCUGUUUCCGGUGAUUCUUGGCCACGAGGGCGGAGGUAUCGUCGAGUCCAUCGGCGAGGGCGUCACAAGUGUCGCAGUGGGCGAUCAUGUGAUUCCCCUGUAUACUGCGGAAUGCCGCGAGUGCAAGUUCUGCAAGAGCGGAAAGACCAACCUUUGCGGUAAAGUCAGAGCCACCCAAGGCAAGGGACUGAUGCCCGACAAUACCUCUCGCUUUACAUGCAAGGGUCAACCGAUCCACCACUUUAUGGGCACGUCGACUUUCUCUCAGUACACUGUCGUCGCGGAUGUUUCUGUCGUGGCGGUGAACUCGAAAGCACCACUUGAUCGUGUCUGCCUGCUGGGUUGUGGUAUAACCACUGCAUGGGGUGCCGUCGUGAAGCAGCCCGGAAUCAAGGGUUCUAACGUCGCCGUGUUCGGCUGUGGUGCUAUUGGCCUUGGCGUCAUCGCCACAUCCUCCGUUGUCGGCGCUGCGCGCAUCAUCGCAGUCGAUACGAACCCGAGCAAGGAGUCCUGGGCGCGCAAGUUCGGCGCCACUGAUUUCGUGAACCCUUCCCAGCUCCCCGAGGGCACGCGUAUCCAAGACUAUCUCGUCGAGAUAACGGAUGGCGGUUUGGACUUCACGUUUGAUGCAACUGGCAAUGUUAACGUGAUGCGUGCUGCGCUCGAAGCCUGCCACAAGGGUUGGGGUGUGAGCACAGUCAUUGGUGUUGCAGCUGCUGGCCAAGAAAUUUCCACUCGCCCAUUCCAACUGGUCACCGGACGCACCUGGCGCGGUAGUGCUUUCGGUGGUGUGAAGGGUCGCACCGAACUUCCUGGCUUGGUAGAAGAUUAUUUGCAAGGCAAGGUCAAGGUCGACGAGUACGUCACCCACCAUCGCACACUGGAUGAGAUCAAUGCUGGCUUCGGUGACAUGCAUGCAGGAGACUGCAUCCGUUGCGUCGUUGAUAUGUCUUGA